AAUCGUUUUUCAUAGCUGUUAAUAUCUUAAAGAUGGAGUUCAGUGAUAUUAAUAAGAAAACUUGUGAUGAUCGUGAUACGAACAUCUACGAGAAUACAAAAAUAACCAGUGCAUCUUUGGAAAAUGCUGAAAGUUCAAAAUCUCAACAAACAGAAAAAGAAGAAGGACUGUAUGAGCCAAUUAGACUAGGAGAAAAAGUAAACGACAGAAAGUCUUUUAGAUGUGAAGAAAUACCAACAAGGAUAAAAUAUUUCAUCUAUAUCGUUUUGGCGUUGUUUAUUGUGUUAUACAUGAUCGUCAUCGCCUUGAUUAUCUUUGUUGCUGUUCCAAAAGAACAAGCCAUAGAUGGAGAGUGGUCAAACUGGGGAAUGUGGACUACUUGUAGCGACAGUUGUGGAGGAGGAACUAAAUCAAGAAAUCGAUCCUGUUCAAACCCAACACCGUCUACGAAUGGGAAACAGUGUAUGGGCAACUUCGAGCAAAUUGGUCAAUGUAAUAAACAAUUGUGUCUUGGAAUUGAUGGAGGAUGGUCAAACUGGGGAGAUUGGAAUACGUGUAGUGACAGUUGUGGAGGAGGAAUCAAAUCAAGAAAUCGAUCCUGUUCAAAUCCAACACCGUCUACGAAUGGGAAACAGUGUAUGGGAAACUUCGAGCAAAUUGGUCAAUGUAAUAAACAAUUGUGUCCUGGAAUUGGUAAAUAUUUUUGAUAAAAGUGUCUUCAGGUCCGUUUUGUCUGGCCCAAAACUGUUUUAGUUGUUUUAUUUAUUUUUUUUUUUUUUUUAUUUUAUUUUUUUUUUAUGUUUCGCAUUGUGCAAAGUCAAUGUGUUCAUGCGUUAAGGUUUGUCAGUAUUUGGUGUUUAUGUGUUUAGGUUUUCAAAGGAUUUGCCAUGCCAUGCUCUUUCUCACAGUAUUGAAUGCUUCAAGAAAGCUCUCCAGUUUUAUUUUACCACUGAUCUUUCUAAGGUGUGCCUUAUUUUGCCGGUACACAUACUCUAGGGAUUUUAUGCAUAUUUCAGUUUUUUAUACCCUUACAUAGUUGUUGUAUGUACGUAUUUUGUUUUCGUUUAGAUGAGAUCAUUUCUUUGAAAAUGGCUAUUGAGAUUGGAUUAGUGUCCGUGCUUUGUUUUUCAAAAACAGUGAUAUAAAUAUUUAUAUGUGUAGACUUAUAAUUUGAUAACAUUUGAAAAAUUGGAAAACAUUUGUCUCGAUAUUUGCUACAAUCAUUUCCAAAUUCGUUGUGGAGAAGAACGUAAAGGAUGAAAGUUAU